AUGGAUAUCAGUUUGGAGGGUCGUCCUUGGAUGAAGGUCCCAGGUCGACGGUUGAGGGAUCAACGCAGAGCCGCAAAGAGGAGAGGAAUAAGUUUAGAAGAGUAUCUCGCUAGGAAAGGAAAGAUACCAGUCGGGUUGUUCAGUAGCAUGUCUCACAAGGAAAAGCUUGAGAAGGAGAAACAACGAAAUGAACACUUGGUGAACGAGUUGACACGUCAGGAUGUUAAGGGUGAUACGAAAUUGAAUUUACUGUUAAAGAUGAUCGAACUUGAUCCCGAGAUUCAUGAUAUCUUCACGCAUCAUACUGAAAAUACUUCGUCUUUUGAACAGAACCCAAAGUUUAGGUUAUAUAAGAGAUUGGGUGAGAUUGUUGAUAGGUUGUAG